GGAAAAAAAAAAAGAAAUGUUUAGAAAUAAGCACAGGAAGGCGGCACUGUCACUCUGCACGUAUUUUAAUUAAUCAUAUUAUAUUAUUAUAUUAUUACUAAAAUCCAUGAUUAUAAAUUAGUUAAAAGUGCCACCUGCAUAGGCAUUACGAUCAUUUUAGCGAUCAAUCAAUCAAUUUAGCAGUUUCGAUCAGAAGUUGGGGUUGGGAAUUUCGCUGGAAGUUCCCCAUUUCCUUUCAACAAAAAUGGAUACUUUUGGCUUUCACGAUGGCAACAUCUUUAAGUUCCUGGAGAGCAGAUACUUCGACGCUCGCCAUAAAUUAAGCUGGGAAGAGAGAGAGAAAGGGGAUGAUAAUUCUUUUCGGUUGAUAUCAAUCACAGUGUACAAAUGCAUUCAUCAUUGAUACGAAGACUCUCCCAGGAAAAGGAAUUAGAGGGGCACCAAGGUUGUGUCAAUUCUAUAGCUUGGAAUUCUACUGGUUCACUCUUGGUUUCUGGAUCAGAUGACACUCAGAUGAAUAUAUGGAGCUAUAAUGGUCGAAAGCUUUUGCAUUCUAUAGAUACUGGGCAUUCCGCAAACAUAUUCUGUACAAAAUUUAUUCCUGAAACUUCUGAUGAGCUUGUGGUCUCUGGAGCUGGAGAUGCUGAAGUUCGCUUGUUUAAUUUGUCUCGCCUAAGUGGCAGGGGCCCAGAUGAUAGUGCUAUAGCUCCCUCAGCUGUGUAUCAAUGUCACACUAGACGAGUAAAAAAAUUAGCUGUUGAAGUUGGAAACCCCAAUGUGGUUUGGAGUGCCAGUGAAGAUGGAACACUGAGACAGCAUGACUUUCGGGAGGGUACUUCUUGUCCUCCAGCUGGAUCUUCACCCCAAGAGUGUUGUAACAUUCUACUUGACUUGAGGUGUGGGGCAAAGAGGUCGCUGGCCGAUCCUCCUAAACAGACCCUUGCUCUGAAAUCUUGUGACAUUAGUGCCAGUCGGCCUCAUCUGCUCCUAGUUGGUGGGAGUGAUGCCUUUGCUCGUCUAUAUGAUAGAAGGAUGCUGCCUUCUCUGACCUCCUGCCGGAAAAGGACACAACCACCUCCUUGUGUUAAUUAUUUCUGUCCAAUGCAUCUUUCUGAACGUGUACGGUCAGGCUUGCACUUAACUCAUGUGGGUUUUAGUCCGAGUGGAGAUGAGGUUCUUGUCAGUUAUAGUGGAGAGCAUGUAUACCUCAUGAAUGUAAAUCAUGCUGGAGGAAGUGCUAUGCAAUAUACUUCAGGAGAUGCUUCAAAACUAAUGACCUUCACUCCUAUUCUCAAUGGGCUAGAAUUGCAACCACCACCAUCUGAUGUUUUCAGAAGUGGUCUUCAUUUUAAAAGCAAUUUGGCUUCCAUGCUUGAUAAAUGUAGGAAACUGCUUAAAAUUGCUGAAAAAUGCUUAGAGGAUGGUGCAAAUUAUUACCAUGGAAUUGAGGCGUGCAAUGAAGUUUUAGAUCGGCAUGGUCAAGAUAUUGGAGCUGCAAUUAGGCAUGACUGUCUCUGUACACGUGCAGCCUUGUUGCUUAAGCGUAAGUGGAAAAAUGAUGUUCACAUGGCCAUAAGAGACUGCUAUAAUGCUCGGAAAAUUGACAGCUCUUCCUUUAGAGCCCUUUAUUUUAUGUCUGAAGCUUUGUCACAGUUGGGAAAAUAUAAAGAAGCUCUGGACUUUGCUGUUGCUGCUCAACACGUGGCCCCAUCCAAUACUGAGAUCGCGGAAUGGGUGGAGAACAUAAAAAAGAAUCUUGCUGCAGCUGAAGCUGAAAAAACUAAUAAGGCAAAUGAUGGCUCCCUGAAGUCUGAAUUUCGAAGUGGUAGAGCACUGUCACUAAGUGACAUACUUUACCGCUCAGAGGCUAACAGUGAUGCAUCACAAGAUGGUCUAAGGUCUGAAAGAGAAGACUCUGACUAUGAUGAGGAAUUGGAGUUGGACUUUGAAACAUCAAUAUCAGGUGAUGAAGGGCGUGAUGUUGAGCCCAAUACUCUUCAUGGAAGUUUAAAUUUGAGGAUUCAUCGAAGAGGUGAUUCAACACGAGAAACAAGUUGUACAAAUGGCUCCUGCGGAUCACCUUCAUCAUCACAAAAUGAUCGGAUGCCUUAUCAGCCGGAGACAGUCAUUGAUAUGAAGCAGAGAUUUGUUGGCCACUGUAAUGUUGGAACUGAUAUAAAACAGGCCAGUUUUCUGGGCCAGAGAGGUGAGUAUAUCGGCAGUGGAAGUGAUGAUGGUAGAUGGUUUAUUUGGGAAAAGCAAACUGGUAGACUAAUAAAAAUGCUUCUCGGAGAUGAAGCUGUUGUGAAUUGUGUGCAGUGCCACCCAUUUGAUUGUGUCGUGGCUACCAGCGGGAUUGAUAACACAAUAAAGAUUUGGACUCCAACUGCUUCUGUCCCCUCAAUUGUAGCUGGAGGAUCAGCUGGGCCAGAAACUUCCAACAUUUUGGAAGCCAUGGAAAGCAAUCAACGUAGAUUAAGCCACAAUCGUGAAGUUAUUCUUUGCAGCCCCUUUGAACUUCUGGAGCGCUUUCGGAUGCAUGAAUUUACCGAAGGUACUUUGCACCCUCAUGAGUGUGUGCAGAGCUAAUCAUGAUGUCUUUUGUUGGAGCAUGCAAUGUUAUCUGAUGAAGUAUAAAUGGAGGAUAUUGUGUUUUUACGGCAAAAACUCGGGAAAGAAGAUACAGGCAGCCGAUUGGUAUUAGUAGUAGGAAAUUAGAUGACCAUGUAAAGCCUUUUGAUGUUUUAUGAAAUAAGUUGAAGGAUCUUAUAAAGCAUAUUGGCGUAGUAUAAUGAUCUUAUAGAGCAUCAUUUACCUUUACCCUCUUUAAGUAACUUUUUUCUUUUUGUUUGUUUUUUUGAGAAAUUGUGUUUGUUAAUGUAUUUAUUGAAUGUAUUCCUGUAUAGAUGAUAUUUUCUUCCAAUGUAGAUGUUAUCUUUUUAAAUGGCUUUUCGACUGAA